AUGGAUCACAAGACAUGGCUCUGGAAUAAAAGGUUUACUGAGAAAACCACGGUUGCAGCUGAGAAAUUGAACCUUUCUCUGUUAGGGAAUGAAGGAGAUGUAUCUUCGGCCCUCUCCGAGCGUAACACUAAAGAUGAAUACGCAAAGGUACAGGCAAAACUCACUCAAGAAGACUUUUCAGGCCUGGGGAACGCAGAAGCUGAAGCAAUAUCAUUGAAGCAAGAACAAGGAAAAGCUUUACAGCAGAUAGUAUCUGGCCAAGAAAGAAUAUUUCAUUUGGAUGGGGCUCUGAAGGAAUGUACGCAGCAGUUGCAUUUUGUUCGAGAAGAACAGGAGACGAGGAUUCACAACGCUGUGAUGACAACAACAUCACGAGAAUCUGAAAAAACGAGGAUUGUGUUAGAGGAGAAGUUAACAGCGACCGGUAAAAGGCUUGCCAGGUUAGGUGCUGAGAAUACUGAGCUCAGUAAGGCUCUCUUGGCAAAGGGCAAUGUGACUGAAUAUUUAAACAAACAAAGAGCUCAGGCAGAGUCAGAGUUAGAUGCCCAAAUGGCUGGACUAGAAUCUAAAGAAAAAGAGAAUUCUUCUCUGAAGUAUGAGGUUCGUGUGCUUGAGAAGGAGCUUGAAGUUCAGAAUGAGGAGAGAGAAUUUACUCGUCGAACAGCUGAUGUAUCACACAAGCAACACUUGGAGAGUGUAAAGAAAAUUGCAAACCUGGAAUCAGAAUGUCAGAGGCCACGUCUUGUUCAGAAGUGGUUACCAGGUCCUGCUGCCCUGGCAAAAAUGAAGAUUGAAGUUGACAAAGUCCAUUGUGCAGACGCAUCGGCUUCUGCUUUGAUGUCAGAAUUGGAGCAUUUCAGAAAUGGGAAACAAAUGGGGACAUCAUCAUACAAAACUAUUGGAGCUUCAGACAUAAAUCUGAUGGAUGACUUUGAUGUGAAGGAAAAGUUAGCAGUUGUAUCUGCAGAUGAGCCAUGUGGAAAUUCUCAUGUUGCUUCAGAGGAUAAUGCUGCACCUGAUGGCCCCUUGCAAAAUCAGGUAGUUGAACAUUCCUUGGAAGCAGCUGGCGAAAGUUUGGACACCGAAAGCUUAAACCAUCCUGAUGCAUCAAAUUCCCCGCAUGCUAGUGGCUAUAUUUCUUGGAAACCUCGAGAUAAACCUUCAUUGAUGGAUUCACCUGAUAGAGAAGCUGGUGAGCAUACCUCAUCAGCUAAGAAGAGCAACCAGCAGAUCCAGUCAAAUCUCAGUAAAUCAAUACGUAAAACAAUUGAGCUCAUAGGAGGGAUCAGUUUACCAUCGCCAGAUUACCGCAUUAAAGAUACCUUGACCGGGAAGGAUGGUAUUUUCCCAUCCUUUGAGAAUUCAGAGACACCCACAGGCUACACGGCUCGUGUUUUCCAAUGGAAAACUUCUGAACUCGCUGCUGUUCUACAGCAAUUUGUUCAAACUUGCAAUGAUCUGUUAAAUGGAAAGGCAGAUCUUGAAAGAUUUUCCAAAGAGUUAACUUCUGCUUUAGAAUGGAUUGUGAAUCAUUGCUUUUCUCUUCGAGAUGUUUCUAGCAUGAGGGAUGCAAUCAAGAAGCACUUUGAUUGGGAUGAAUCAAUAAGUGAGAGUGAGGCAGAAGGUGGAAUGAGGAGUCAAUUGGAAGAACUUCAGCCUGAGGCGAGAGACGAAAGUAGAAGAUUAAAAAAUGAGUUGGCGAAUACGAAAUCUGCAAAGAAGGAUUUAGAAGGGAGACUGCAGUCAGAGACAGAUAAGAGUGAAUCCUUGACAAUUCGACUUCAAGAAUCCGAAAAGACAAUAGGAAACUUGCAAAAAGAUGUAGAAACUAUGAACCAAGCAAAUGCAAUGAUUGAACAGCAGAAGAAAAAUCACAAGCUUAAGUUGAGAGAAGAAAGCAGAAGAUUAAGAAAUGAGUUGGAGAAGAUGGAAUCUGCUAAGAAGGAUUUAGAAGGGAGACUCCAGUCAGAGACUGAUAAGAGUGAAGCCUUAAUGAUUCAACUUCAAGAAUCUGAAAAAACAAUUGAAAGAUUGCAAAAAGACGUUGAAUCGAUGAAGCAAUCAAAGAUAAUGAUUGAAGAGCAGAUUGGAAAUCACAAGAUGGAGAAAGAAGAUCUUGAUAGACAGCUGACAGAGGCCAGGGUUGAACUGAAUGAGGCUCAACAAAAGUUUUCAACUCUAGAGAUGGAAAUGGAGAAUAAAAUUAACUAUUGUGAAGAAUUGGAGUCUACUUCUCUUGACCUGCAGCUCCAGCUAGAAAGUGUGACAAAGAGGGAUAUCCCAAAGUCUGAUAUCGAACAAGAAGAAAAUCAACUCCAAACUGAUUGGGAGAUCACAGAAGUUUCAGCAAAAUUGGCACAGUGCCAAGAAACGAUUCAUAACCUGGGGAAGCAGUUGAAGGCGUUGGCCUCACCCAGAGACGCAACCCUUUUUGACAGGUUCAUCUCUGUUCCCAUUUAUACUUUCACCACCACAACCACCCCCAGUAAGAACAUCAAUGAGAGGUCCUCCUCUCUACUGAAUAAAUUGCUGGCAGAAGAUGAUUUUGAAGGUGAAGAUCUCAUGGUUUCCGAGACCAAAGAAGUAAUUUGCGAUUCCAACCCUCCUACCUUUCUGGUUAGCAAUUCAAACAGGAUUAAAACUCAAGAAAAUGAAGCUGGAGGUAAUUCCUUGGUGGCCGUGCCUAUUGGAAAAAAAGGUGGGGGAUUGAUGAAAAAUCUGUUGUGGAAACGAAAGAAUGUUCACAAUUGGAAAACACCAGAGGCAUAUAGCCCCCGUACAUAUAAAUAA